AUGCCUCCGAAGCGCUCGUCCAAAUCCAAAAGUCCGAGCCCCCGGAAAGCUUCCCCAGGAAAGAAAAGCAGCCCGGACGCGGGCACCAAGGCCGCUGAGAUCGGCAAACGCAAGCGCGAGGAAUCCAAGAAUACCGACGAUAAUUCUAAUGCAGCGCAGACGCUGGCUGAACAGAAAACCCGUAUCAAAAGUGGCGCUGAAGCGCAGAAGCUGCCAGGAAUUGGGGAAAGCACUGCAGGCAAGAUUGAUGAGUUUCUGAAGACGGGCAAGAUGGAAAAAGUAGAGAGGCUCGCGACGACACAGCCAAGAUACUGGCGGAUUUGGCGCGGGUGCCGGGAUUGGCCAUGCUCGAGCUGGGAACUGUACGAUCAAGGCAUUAGAAGCAUCGAGGAUCUCAAGAAGCAUCCGGACCUUCUGCCCGAACAACUGCAGAAGCCCGUAAAGAAUUUGGACGCUAUUGAGUCUCCCAUAAACAAACAACAGGCGGACAAAAUCAAGAAGUAUCUGGAACAGCAACUAAAGGGUUUGGAUGGUCGGUUCAAGGUGACACUGUGUGGCGCCUGCCGCCGUCAUGAGGCUACUGUGAUGGAAUUGGUUGCUGUCAUCACUCAUAGUGCGAAGAAAACGAAGGAUUUGCUGCACGAACUAACCGAGAAGCUGAAACAUUCCGGUUUUCUUCCGGAGACCAUGACUGAAGGUAACCAUCGCGUUAAAGGCAUUUGCCAGUUGCCGGCUGCCCACUCUCCGAAGAAACCUGAACGCAGCCGUCCUCAACGCAGCAGUCCUCGCAAAAAAGCGAAAAAGGAGGAUGACGUAUCUGCGGCGGAUGAGGAAAAGCAUGGUGAACAGCACAUGUUGCUGCUGUGA